UUCCGGUGAAAGAGACAUCAACAAAAACACCACCAAAACAUGACAACGUUCGUGACAACGUCUUUCUAUUUGGGAGUUCUAACAGGGACGAUAUUUUACCUGUAUUUAAUAAAGCAGGUGAGAAACAAGCGGAAAUCAAGGAAGAGAUCGCCUGGCAGCAAAGUUCUAUUUUUCCCCGAUAAGCAAAUUGCUUGCAAAUCCCAUUUUUCCGACGAGUCCGGGUGUACAAGCUUCCCCUGUCAUUAUUCGCAUUCACCAACGAGUCUGAGUUUUCUCUUCCAGUUGUUGUGUUCAGCUCGGAAGUCGAUCGAUAUCUGUGUCUACAUCAUCUCCUGCCACGAUCUCAUCGACAUCCUCAUCAAACUCAACGCGAUGGGAGUCGCAAUUAGGCUCAUCACUGAUGGAGAGUAUGAAGAUGUGAACAACUCGUGGAUUUGGAAACUUCGUAGUCAAGGUAUAAUUGUCAGAACCGAUAAAACACAGUACCUCAUGCACCACAAAUUUGUCAUCAUCGACAACAAAAUCGUGUGUAGCGGCUCAUUCAACUGGACUUCCGAUGCAAUCACAGUCAACCACGAACACUUGACCAUCAUCAGAGACUAUGCUGUUGUCACAAAGUAUUCCUCAGAAUUUGCAAAAUUGUGGAACUAUUUUAAAUACCAGUCCAUUCCAUCAGUGACUAACACACCUGAGAACUCACCAAGUAGAAGAAUUAGAUCCAAGAGAAGAUGAUUUUCAUUGAUUUCAUCUAGAGCAUAUUUGUUUUCACAAUUCUCAUCUUCUCCAUCUUUCUCCAUGUUUUUUCCCCUCUCAUCAACUUCAUUCUUCUUUCCAUUGUAUUUCACCUGUCCCUGUUGAACAUAGCUAAAAUUCCAUCUCAUUAUUAUAAAAAUUGGUAAGGCAGCAAGCUGGCAGAAUCGUUAGCAUUCUGGGCAAAACGCUUAGCAGCAUUUCAUAUCUAUCUCUACAUUCUAAGUUCAAAUUCCACCGUGGUCAACUUUGCCUUUCAUCCUUUCGGAGUCAAUAAAUUAAGUACCAGUGAAACAUUGGAGUCAACAGAAUCGACAAGUCCUCUCUGCCAAAAUGUCAGGCUUUGUGAUUAUGGUAGAAAGGGUUAUCAUUAAAAUCAGUGACACCAUUACAGUCAGCUCCCAUUUCAUCUCUCUUUGGUGGUAUCCAACAGAAAAUCAACAAUAGAUUGACCAGAAUUAAAGAAAAAAUUAUUCAAAUUGUUCAUCUUUUCUAUCCUCUGAUUCACCAGUCAACAAUUCAAUGGAAAUUACCUCAAAUUAUCCGCAAAUAUGACAAACUGUAUUCUGCAUACACACACACAUGCUCAUUUCUAUGUCCUU